ACAUGUUCCACUACAUGGGAUUGUUGCGACACAACAAUAGGUGGUACGAAUUUGAUGGUCUUAAGAAACCUCCAAUAAAAAAAAGUGAUGGUGGAUUUGAAACACUGUACAGACCUUCACACUGUUUAUUUGGUAUGUAAACAUGUCAUAUCAUAACAUCGACAUUACUUGUACUAAAUUUUGCACAGCUGGACAGAAUUUUUCGUGAUGAAUAAGAUAUUUUUUAGUGCUCAAGGAAGACUCACAAAGCAAUGAAAUAAUACAAAACAAAGCCCACAGUGCAGAAGGAAACUUGCAAUCCUUGGUUGAUGAUUCUGAAAACCAAGAGAUUGAAGGGGUAUCUACGACCAUUCGUACCAAGCAAGCACAAAAAUACACCCCAGGUAUAACCAUGGACAGCCUUCUUGCUUCAAAAAUUCCAGAAAACAAACAAGAAGAAACAAAAAUUACUGCAGACAUCAAAAGCCUUGAGGAAAUCCUCAAUGAUAGCGAUGACUCGCUUUUCUGCAUUGAUAAUUGCACCGACAGUCGUGAUAAGGAAAAAUUGGACAAAAAGAAAAAAAAGAGACAAGGGCCAUUGCAAGCAUAUGUUCAAAUGGAUGCCUACAAUAGGUGCAAGAUGUUACUGUCUUGGUUUGUUAAGCGUGAAGACGCAGAGCUCAUCAUGAGCGAGAGUUUGGACGUAGAAGUAGGCAUGCUGCCUAAAUCUUUUAAAGCAUUGCCUGACUCUGUACGCGACGAGCUUGUCCAUGUCGAUAUUUUAAAACAAUAUGCAAACAAAGGAUUUAUCGAACAUCUCAAGAAAUUGAUACAAAAGAAAAAGAGAACAUCAAGUUGGACGUGUGGCACAUGCAAGAAGAGUAUAGGGGCUCCCGAUCGAAGCAUAGCAUGUGACAGAUGUCUCACAUGGAGUCAUUUUUGUUGUACCGAUCUGAAGAGAAAACCACGUGGUAAUUGGUUUUGUAAGAACUGUAUUGAAGAAGUAACUGGUAAGUCAGAAUAUUUUGCCCCUGUUUAUUUAAUCCUAACUGUAUGUGAAGCAUUACUAACUUUGUUUUAUAGUGAUAAUUGAUUCUGAUGAAGAGGAGAACCCACUGGAGCCGCAAUGGAGGGCGUUUUUAACCCGAUGCCUUGAAAACGGUAUAUUGAAGAAAUACAUAGAGAAAUCUCUAGACCCACAUUGUAAUCCGUUGCUUAACCAGAAAUCAGGAGGUGUUUUUCAAGUUGCGGCUAAUUUUGAGGGAUUAAAAAGAACAGAACCAGAAUUCUAUAUGCAGAUUACAAAAUAUUUAGCAGCAACUACAAACUCAAAAUGGUCAGAUAUAGUACGUGAAUAUGUAUUGCAAGUUUAUGCAGGUGAAUUGCCAUUUGGACGUGCAUAUGCUGACAUGCUGCAAUACAUUGAAGUUAAACUUUUUUCAUUGCUUUGUUAGAAUAUAUUCUGGCUGAUAUUGUGAAUAUAUACAGCACGUUUUAUGUUCAGUUUAGACAUAGAUUUUUUUAAUAUGCUAAGGCUGAAUCUAGCUUGGCUACCCCAGACCUUUGUUUAUAUUCAUAUUAUGUUCUUUAACAUGGUUUUAUCAUUUAUCAAAAAGGUGAAGCAGAGAAAAUUAUCGUACUAUACACUCUUUUUAUAAGAAAACAUUUUAUCAGAACAACGAAGAAUUAACAUAAAAUAACGAGUGUGAAACCCUUUGUUAGUUCAUAUUUUUAUUGUAAAUACUGCUUUAUAUCGAGAAGAAAUGUAUCUUUGACUAAUGUUUCAUGCUAGCUACAUUACCCCAUACCUAAUUUGCGCGAAAAACUUAGCUAUAUUAAACAUCUUCUAGAAGAUUUUUUAUCAGAUAUAAAACCUUCAUUUUUAUCAGAUUACCACGUUCACAGCUUUGAAAUUAGUUCUUUGGAAUAACAGGUGUUUAAAACGAUAAAAUAAACUUACCCACGUACAUAAAGAUUCGUCAAUGUUUCAUUUACAAAAGUCGGAAGGAAA